UCUGUGUUUACUUUCGCUUUUCAUUUUCUUUGUGUUUAUUAAUAGAAUACUAUGAACAAUAGAAAUUUUUUGUUUUAUUUUUUACAUUAGUUGAAAAAUAAUGUGGGCUGAUACAAAGAACGGGACUCAAGCUCUCAAUUCUACUUUUGAAUCGGAAAGUACGGAAAUUUUGACAUGCCCCUUUCAAGUAAAGAGUUUGCCUGUCAUUAAAUCCGAAGUACAAGAAGUUUAUUCAGUUCUCUGUACUUCAUCUCAUUUGUAUUUAAUCACUGUUGUGGACAGAAAGAUAUCAAUUUUUAAAGAAGAAUGUUCUGAACUGUUUUGGGAGUUUGAAACAGAUAGCAAUGCUUGUUGCAUCUCACUGUCAGAUGAUUCAUGUCUUCUAUUAGUAGCGGAAUUUUCUGGUGAAAUUCAUCUUAUUCAUAUCUCUUCAAAAACUACAUUGUGGAGUUAUACAUGUCAAGAUGGUGGAUCGCCUUUUGCUGUAAAAGAAGCAUUCAUUGCAACAGAUUCUUCAGAAUUGUUAAAAUUAUUCAUUUUUUCUGAUCAAAAAAUUGUGUAUGAAUUUUCUGGGAUUUCUUUGUUCACAAUAUAUAAAGCUAUUGAAAAUCAAAAUCAGCAUGAUAUUUUUGAAGAUAUUCAUUUGAAGAAGUUUGAUCUUUCCGAAAUGUUUCCAAACUGUGAAAUUCAAAACAUUUUUCAAAUGUUCUAUAACACUUCCGUUAUUGGAUUGGGUGUGUCUUUAGAUACUACUGCAUCAGAGACCGACUUUUUCUGUUCAGAUGAUCUGAUUAAAGGCUUUCCCGAGGCUGAUUGGGAAUAUAAUGAAAAUGAAAAUCGAACUUUCCAGUGUUUUGAUUUUUCUGUUCACGAUAAUGCAAUUAAAGCACUCAGUACCAGGGAUGGACGAUAUGUUGUGUUUUUGAAUGAAAAACAUGUCUUAAAUGUCAUGUGUCCUUUCACAUCCACUCUUUUGAAAACAUGGAAUGAUGAGAAAGAAAGCACUAUUAGAGAUUUUGUUUUAAAUGAAACUGUCGAUUCUAGCAGUUCGUUGAUUUCUGAUCGUAAGAUUGGAUUGUUAAUUGUGCCAACUUCUGAAGAUUCUGAAUAUUUAUUCGAAAUCAGAAACUUUCCCUCUUUUGAUCUAAUCUUCAGCAUGAAUUUAUCAAAUUUUGCAAAAAUAGCUGAUUGCAAUCUAAAACAAGACUUUUGGUGUAUAAUUGAUGGAAAAAUGAACUUUGAAGAAUCUGGCAAAAAAUCUUUUAGUUACCUACAUGUGAAAGAAAUCUUCGAAGCCUCUGCAGAAGCAAGGCUGAUGAAUUUAAUUAGCCAUCAGAAAUUUUUAGAAGCUAGAAAACUUGCUGAAAUCUCCAGUAUAGAUUCUGAAGUCAUCUACAGAACAAAAGUCAGUUGUAUCUUAAACAAUCUUUCAAGGAAUAAGUAUGGAAAGUUUCUGCAGCCAGAAUUGGACAACCUUUGGAAUGAGUUUGAUGAAUCUUUUAAACACAUUACAGAUGUGAAUUUUGUUCAGUCAGUUCUUUUGUGCCCAUUACCAGAUGAAAAUUCUAUGAAGAAAGUACUGCUCUGUGUCAAAAACUGGGUGAUUAGUCAUAAUGAUAUCAGAGAUACUCAAAAGAUAAUUUCAAAGGUUAAUCAGAUCCUUAGUAAAUUGGCUACCUAUGAAAUAAUAUGCAGUAGUGCUCAUUUGUGCUUGAAUUUGAAAGAUUUCUUAAAUAAAGAUUUGUUGAAUUAUAUGAUAUCAGAACUUCAAAAUGGAGAUCUCCAAAUAGCUUGCCUUAUGUGGCAAAGGCAUAAGGAUUAUUUUCUGACAUCUUUAAACGAUGAAACUAUUGAGCAAAUUUUAACAGCCAUUCCAGAUUCUUUAUCUUCUUGCCAUUUAAUUCCGUUCUUAUGUGAAGAUUUUUUGCCGUUUUUAUUUUCAAAAAUUCCUAGCUGCAUUGAUAUAGUAGCAGAAUGGUUGAGUCAUCGAGUAUACUUGAUAGAAUUUUCUGAAAAAGAUCUUUGGCCUGAGAAUGGAAUGGCUUUAGUUGCUGGUUUUCUUAAUGUGAUUAAAAGUUUGCACCAAAAGAGAAAGGGUGAAACGAGUUUCUCUGGAAGUUUAUCUUUUUCUUCAAUUCAUAAAAAAUUUGCGAGUACAGACAAUCCAGUUGGGUGUCUUGUUGAAUUUUCAAAAGAUUUAACUUGGUUGAUCAAGUUGAAGUCUCAGUUCAAUUGCAAAGUUCCUCUAUCAGGCUUUCAGAAUUCUAAGGUGAAUGUUAUGUUUGCUGUUUUGGAUAAUGUUAAUAUUUCACAAAUACCAGAAAUAAUACAUGGUUUUGCCAGACCAUAUGCAUUGGAAUAUGAAUUGGAAUUAGAUUUUUGUCUGGAGCAAUAUGUUGAGAAAACUUUCCAAGUGUCUUACUUUACAUGGUGGUCAUGGGAUACAGAACCAUGGGAAGAAAGGCUUAUUGCUGUUACUGAAAGUAUUCAUUUAACAAAUCGAUGGGUGAAUGCUGCUUUGAUGAUUGUUGGUCGAGCGUCUGUGCCUUGGUCAGAAAGAGUGAAAAAAUUAGUUCAAAAAGGGAUAGAAUGUGAUUGUGAGAGGAACAAAGAAUUUCAAAUUCAAGCUAAAUUAGAAGGGCUGAAAGAAGUUUUAUUGAAGUAUGAAAGGCUAGACUUCCCUAUCAAUAAUGAUAUAAAUUUAAUUCAUGUAUUGGUGAACUAUAUUUUUAAGCAAAAUAAAGCUGAAGUCCUAGAAGAUGUAAAGAAAGUUCUAAUGUCAGUAUCUGAUGAAACUAAUGAGAGUAAUAUUUAUUUUAAAUAUCUCCAAUUUGCUCUCAAUCAAAAUAAGAUGGACCAAAUGAUGGAAAUUUUCUCAUCUCUUUCUGAAAAUACAGCAGUGACUUGUGCUAAAAGAUUAUUACGAUAUAUUAAAAUGUACCUUGACAGUAGCUUCUUGAUUGAGGAAGAAAAAGAACUUGCUACAAAUAUGCUUUAUACUGGUUUACAUCUUGUAGAAUUUCUGAAGAAGAGCGAUAAGACAUUUAAUGAAAAGGAAUUGCAUAUAUUGUUCAAAUGUUUGCUGAAAUUACAAAAGGAGUUCGACAUUUUUAUGACUUUUUCUGAAGUAUCUUGCAAACUUAAAUGCCAAGCAAUUCUAGAAACAGCCAUUGAGGAUUUCCUAAGCAAUCGCAAGCUCCUCAAAAAGGUAAUUGACUCUAUAGACAGAAAACAGAAGCCAAUUUCUUCUUGUAUUUUUAGACUAUAUAGACUAGGAGAUAUUCUUUUAUUUGAACGGGAAGAAGUGAUGGCAUUUUUGAUAACUAGCUGCCUUCAGAAAGAGAAAUAUGACUGGGUUCUUAAACUAUGCAAGGAACUAACAGAAUCGUUUUUAUCUGGUAACAUUGCACAAGUUCUUAUGCAAGUUGUUGAUCAUUUCUACCAGAAUUUUCGGAGCAUAAAGGAUACUAAUUUUGAAGCCAUGGUUAACACAAUUUAUCAUUUAAAUAAUGUUGCUGUUACUUAUUGCAAAGAAGAUUCCUUGGAACAAUAUAUGGAUGUUAUGCACCUUUCUACAUUCCUUUCUUCAAUAAAUAAAAUUACAGGACUACAUUCGAUGCCAAUAUCCCCAGAAUAUACCAUGAAUUCAUAUCACAAAUGGAAAUUUUAUCCUUUCUAUUGUGAUGAAGGAUUUCAGCUGGAUUGUGAAAAUGUUACAGAAUUUGUUAUGAUGGCAUUCAGAGAAUUAGUGAAGCAACCAAAUGAUACAUUGAUUGAAAUUAACUUCUCUGAGAAUGAUGUACUUUUACACUCCCUGAGGCAGUUAGAUCAACAUAUGUUAGACAGAGGUCAAGGAAUUGCAGCUUUACGAGCAUUGCUUUAUUAUUUUCAUAUGAAGAGCAAAGUCUCAGCUUCUGCUUCUAAUAUUAGUAAAGUACAUUCUGCUGUUUUCCAAGAUUUGUGCUCCAUUACAUACACAAUAGUUCUGAGAAUUUUGAGCCAGCGAAGAGUUGAUUUGCAUUAUGCAUAUAGCUUAUUAUCUAUACUUCCUGAAGCCUCACAGUUUCUUUCAUUAAAGUCUUUGGUUAAAUGGUGUUCAAGUGAUCUCAAACGACUUGCAAGUGUUAGUAGAAUUGGUGUUGAGGUAGCUAAAUCUCUUCAGAAAAAUGAUGUUCUUUCUAUGUAUGAAAAUAUUUGUAAGAAAGCUUCUUUAUUGUCUAGAAGCAAUGUACGAUCAAUACCAAUGGAAAUUGUUUUGCAGUCAUCAAACCAUGAAUCUAAUUGGCCUGUUGUGAAAGACUUGAUCCUUACCCAGGGCAUAGAUCUUCCAACUGUGUAUGAAUGCUGCUCUGCCUUUCAGCUACCAAUUAAUAAUAUUUUAACAGCUUAUUUGAAUCAUCUUUUGAUAGAAUCUGAAAAGAAUUAUCUCAACAAUGAUUUCUCAGAUGCGCAAGUGACCCAAAUUUUAGAGCAAGCUGCAAAUGUUAUUAACUAUAUUAAAAAUGAAGAUUUACUCUAUAAUAAUUUCAAAAGUCUGAUGGAAAAGAUCAGCCCGUACAGUUAUGAAUUUCUUAUUUUCAUUGAGGAAGUUUUGCAUUCUUUAUCAGCAAGUAUACAGACAAUAAGUACUGGCUCUUUUGAAAAGAAUACCCGAAUACUAAAGUUUUUAAAAGUCUACGAAAGAACAUCCCCAGUUACUGACAUGGAAAUCAAUAGAUGGAGUGCAUUAUAUCCUACAAAUCCUAAGCUUCCUGAAAUUGCUUCCAAGCGUUUACCUUUCCAUUUUUUCUGUCAUGAAAAUCCUUUCCCAAUCAUUAAUCCAGAAUUAUCUGCUAAUACAUUGGACAUAUGGUUGAAAAUUGCUCAUGUUUUAAAAAUUCCAGCAGAUCACUUGAUUAUUAUUGCUGUUAAAAAUACAGUUUUGAAGUAUUUAAAACAAGAAUUUUCCACACAUAUCAUAUUGAAUCCUGACAUGAAAUUUGUGGACAAGAUUGAUAAAAUGAUAUCAGAGGUCAAGGAACUGGAAUCAUCUGUUGCAUGUAUAAGUUGGGUAGCAAACCAAAUGCCUGCAGGUGGUAACAAAGUUGCAUUUGCAUCUCUGGCUGUUGAUUAUGCUCAGCAAUGGUUUGAACAAUCUGCUGAUCCUGUUAUAGAAGUCUAUAAUAAAUUGGUAUCUUUUAAACAACAAUCUGCCAUUGAAAGAGCUGUGCACAAAAAUAAUUUAGCUUCAGACAAAAUUCUCUCUCUGAAGCAGUCUCCUUCUCAACUUAUUGAUCAUUUGAUUGAAGAAUUUUCAUUAGAUAUUGAUCAAUGUGUAAAAGCAUGUAAAGCUGUAAUCGAAAUUGGUGACAUUAUUGAAAUUGACUUGAUUAAUAAGGUGUUUUUGAAAUUUAUAUUUAAAUGGUCAAAUGUUCUUAAAAGUAGUACAACAUCAUGUAAUCUUGAUGAGUCUUUUUCACCUUUAUCUCUUGAGAAUCAAGAACUGGAAGAGGAUGAUACUGAUGAUACCAAUCUUUUUAGAAUCAUCAAUUUGUUUUUAAGUCUACCACAGUCACUUUUUGAAAAUUUGUUAGAAGUCCUGCGAAAUAAUUUUAAAUUGAUGCCAUUGGUACAGCGUUCAAGAUUGUUGUUUUGCUUUGUGUCUAUUUUUGGCAUAACAGAUGUAGCAAAAGUUCUUGAAUGGGAUGCCAAAGUUUUAGAUGAAAACCUCAUCCCUCUACUGUGUAGCGUUGAACUUGAAAAUCUGAAUCUCCCAUGUUACCUUCAGAUAUUUAAUAAAUGUAACAAAACUGAACUUGUGCAAAGAAUAUUGUCUACAAACUUCCACAAUCCAAAAGCUAUUUUUUUCUGUAUAAAACUAUGUUUUGAGUAUAAUAUUUGGGAUGCUACUAUUUGGGAAGUGAUUCUACGAAGAAUGACUGUAAAAGAUAAGGAUUUUCCCUUGCAAGAUAUUCUUCAAUCUGUUCAAAGCAAUCUUAUUCACAUGUGGCAUAGUGAAAUUUUUAAAGAUGCUUGGAAGUGUGUACUAUCAAGAAUUUUAAGAACACUUGAAGAUUCUCCUGCUUUGGCAUCUGAACUUUAUAAAGCUGUUUUAAGUUGUCCCUGUAUCUCCUCACUGGAUGCAUCCUUCUUUAUUGAUGAGUUGAAUCAUAUCACAGAGGUUUUUGAAGAAAAAGGAUUGAGAGAAAUGGUGCCAGUUACUGAUGUAUCUUCAUUGAUAUCAAAUUUAAUGAAAAUCUUGAAGGACCAACCUCAACUUGAUGAUUAAAGACCACAGAAAAAAGAAAGCACUGAAGUAUUUAUUCAAUUGUUCGAGAUACUAAAGUUGCACUUAUGUAUAUAUGUUAUUUAAAUAAGUUUU